AUGUCUGAUACGCAAGUCAAAGCUGAUACCAUAGAACAACAGACGGAACGUAAUCAGCAGGAGGGAUUGGAGCGUGCAGAAAAGACAACUUCGACACUAUCUCAGGAAGAAACGGGCACCGUCAAAGCCACCACAUCAACAACAGAAGAAGCGUCAUCUGUUGCAAUUAUCGUUCCUACGGAUAUAUCUCGUCCUGAAGGAGAAAACUUACCUGUAACGGACACCGAUCUAUCUUCCGUUGGUGAGGUAGUCACUUCUAGUGAUUCCAGUGCCACGGGAGCUACUGCUACACAAAUUCGUUGUUCAUCUGUGGAACGCCAAACGUCGGUUGGUUCGAUAGAUAGUUCAACCAUGUCGGCAGGAGGUGGUAGUGGUUCAGGACCAAGUGGUUUCCGAAAUUCACUAAGUCAUGGACGGAUGUUCAGUCGAUUUAUUUCGGUAGACCGUACACGCUCAAACUCCCAUGGGACCUCUUCCAGACGUGGCUCAAAUUUUAGCAAUGCUGUGCUAGGCGACUUUAUGACUCUACUGCAACAAGCAAGACAUCCGAGUAGUUUCUUUUCUACCGAUCGGGCGGGUCUGUUUUUAAAUACCGAACGAUCACAUGGAUCUGGAACAAGUACACCGCCAAUGCAAACGGGUAACUCAAGUAAUUUGAUUGGAAAUAACAAUGCGAACACAACCACUAGUGAUGUUGUUAUUGAUGUUGACGAUGGUACCGGAACGGCUGGAGUUGGAUCUUUGCGAUCUUCUCACAAUGAACUAUAUCCGAUUUCGAACUCCUCUUCUUCCGCAAACACGAGUAUCCGUCCGUUUUUGUGGAUGCCAUCGGGUGAAGAUAACAAUCCUUCUUUGGUUCAACAGACCGGUGGUCGAUCACCUCUAAUGCCAAAUUUCAACUAUAAUCACCAUCAUCAUCAUUUUCACAAUCAUCAACCGCUGUCGCUGCAUCAGUCAGGCAUGGGACUGACCUCGGCGGCAACGACGAUGAACGCACAAUCUCCAAUUUCUGCAGGAGCAGGAGAGGGUAUGCCCUCCACAAGUGGCGACUCGUUGACAAAUGGUGGAAUACAAACUCCAACGGCAGGAAAUGCACCCACAAUUGGCGCAGGUGGUACUACGCGCAGUAACAGCGUAAGUUCAAAUCAUCAGAACGAUGAAGCAACAGUUCACGAAGCGCUAAACCAAUUUCCCGAGACACGCGCAUUGAUCGAAGCAUUGGGACGAUAUAUACCACUGCUGUUGAUAUUGGUAGCCAAAUUGUUUUACGAUCAUAUAGAUGGUAUAGCGCGAUUUAUGUUGCUGUUAUUGGCGUUCUACCAUGCCAACUGGGUCGUACGACAAGAAAUAUCGAAACAGAAGCAACAGCGCGUGAUUGUGUUAUUGCGUGAAUUAAUCAUAAUUAUUUUCACGUUGCUGAUAUUUGUAUACGAAUUUAAGAGGUUAUUUUUGGUGAUGCUGUUCGUGCCUCAUAAUUUUCAACCAGAAUCCCUAAAGUCAUUGUUAUUUGUCGUUUGCAUAACGGAUUUGAUACUGAAGUUGUUUACCAUUGCUAUCAAAAUCAUGGUCACUCUAUUGCCGCCAAGAGUGUUAGAUUACAAAUGUCGUGGUAAAGUUUACUUGAUGAUAGAAUCACUGUCCCAGCUAUAUCGUGCAACAGCUCCAAUUCAACCAUGGACAAUAUUUUUGUUUGAAUCAUAUUCCGGAUCAGAAAAAAUGUUUGGCGUUAUUCUUUUCGUGGUAUAUAUCGUUGCUAAGGCUACCGAUUUACUCGAUAGGAUCAAGUUCUGCCAUCGGUCAUUUAUCAAGCUGCUACAGAAAACGAGUUAUGGAACCGUACCGACAAAGGAACAACUGCAGGCUUGUGGUGGUCAAUGUUCGAUUUGUCACGAUAAUUUCAACUCGCCAGUGUUGCUCGAAUGUAAUCACAUCUUCUGCGAAUUAUGUGUUGGUACAUGGUUCGACCGAGAACAAACCUGUCCUUUAUGUCGUGCGAAAAUUGUCGAUGACCCUUCCUAUCGCGAUGGAGCCACUUCGUUCUUCUUCCAGUUAUAUUGAAGCAUAAGCAGUUGAAGUACACAUUACCUUUAACUUGUAACCUCAUUCCACAUAAGUUUCCUUCGCACAUUUGUUUUUCUGGAUACAUUUAUUGCUCCAACAUGUUCACGGACGUGUAUUGUUUGUUGAACAAAAAAAAAUCUGCAUCGAUCAUUUUUUCAACAAAACGGAUAGAACAAAAUUUUGACUCUUUUCUAUUUUGGUGUGCAUUUUUUUUUGCAAUAGCCAGUAAAAUUGAUCUAGCUAUCAAUCGUCAAAGCCAGUAGAGAAUUGAGACUAUCCUGAAAAACUGCAAUUAGAAAGCAUUGUAUUAAAUGUCGGAGUGAGAGAGAAGACAGAAACAGUAAAAGCAAAAGGAUAUUUUUAUAUGCAUGCACAUAAAUAAACAUUACUAAUAACAGGCGCAUUUAGUUGUAAGGAAAAGAUUAUGUCAGAUACAGAGAAUUUCAGUUUCUGCAAGAAUCAUAGGAUUAGUGUUAUAGUCAUAAGGACGCACUGUAAACCGUAAAACGAUGUACAAUAGAACAAAUUGCAAUCAAUAAAGGAAUCCAUAAUAUGUUUCAUGGAUUUGUU